AUGGUUUCUGAAAUAAAAGGUUCACAGGAGAUGCGCGUUGUUUGUUAUUAUACCAACUGGUCAAUAUAUAGACCAGGAGACGCUAAGUUUAGUCCGCAAAAUAUAAACCCCUAUCUAUGCACACAUCUUAUAUACGCAUUUGGAGGAUUUACCAAAGAAAAUACGCUCAAGCCCUUUGAUAAAUAUCAAGAUAUAGAAAAAGGUGGUUAUGCAAAAUUCACUGGAUUAAAAACUUACAACAAAAAUCUUAAAACUAUGCUAGCAAUUGGAGGUUGGAACGAGGGAUCCACUAGAUUUUCUCCAAUGGUUGCAAAUGCCACAAGACGGAAAGAAUUCGCUAGAAAUGCCAUUAAGUUUUUAAGACUGAACCAUUUCGAUGGACUGGAUCUAGAUUGGGAAUAUCCGUCUUUCAGAGAUGGUGGAAAACCUAGGGAUAAGGCCAACUAUCCACUUCUUGUACAGGAUCUCAGUGAAGAAUUUGAUAGAGAAGCAGAAAAAACAGGAAGGCCAAGAUUGAUAUUAACGAUGGCUGUGCCUGCGGGUGUAGAAUAUAUCAACAAAGGAUUCGAUGUGCCAGAAUUAAAUAAAUACUUAGACUGGAUGAAUAUUUUAAGUUAUGAUUAUCACUCUGCGUUUGAGCCUGCUGACCAUUCCGUUAAACACUAUCUUAAACUUGGAGCUGAUCCAAGUAAAUUAGUACUAGGAAUACCUACGUAUGGUCGAUCGUACACACUUCUCAAUCCAGAUGCUUUUGAAAUCGGCUCUCCAGCUGAUGGACCGGGAACGAUGGGUGAAGCAACACGAGAAAAUGGAUAUUUAGCAUACUACGAGGUUUGUGACUACGUCAAGAACCAGGAUUGGGAAGUGGAUUCUCCAAACCCCAAGGUCAUGGGUCCAUACGCAUUUAAGGACAAUCAAUGGGUUGGAUAUGAUGACGAAGAAAUCGUUAAGAGAAAAGCCGAAUAUGUUGCUGAAAAUCGUUUAGGAGGUAUAAUGUUUUGGUCUAUUGAUAAUGACGAUUUCAGAGGAAAAUGUCACGGAAAGGCUUAUCCCUUGGUUGAAGCUGGAAGAGCAGCAUUACUAGCUGCAUAUGGUAUAACAGACGAUAAUCUAAUUGCUCCACCUUCUAAACCCAUAAAAUCAAGAACUAGAACAAGAACUAAGAGCGUAAACAAAAUAGAAGCAAUUGAAGAUGAAAAAACAGAAAAACCCGAAAAAAUACAGACUAGAAGAAGAAACAGAAGGAAAGAAAUUAAGGAUACAUCAAGGGAGGAAACAUCUAGCUAUAGCAGUCUUAAAGUAGUAACUCCCAGUUGGACAACACCUGCUCCACCAGCAACACCUGAUAUGGACGGAGGUUUUAAAUGUGAAGACGAUGGUUUUUACCCACAUCCAAAAGAUUGCAAAAAAUAUUAUUGGUGUCUAAGUGGAGCAGGCGACUCUAUUAUAGCUCAUCAGUUCACCUGCCCAGCAGGUUUAUACUUUAAUAAAGCCGCUGAUUCAUGUGACUAUACACAAAACGUUCUAUGUAACAAAAAGAUGCAAAAAGUUACCACGACUACGACUACUACGACAACGUCAACUACAGCAAGAAGUCAAGAUGCGUCAUCUACAUCUUCGCCUUCUUCUCUUCUAUUCUCUACAAGAGUGCCAUCCAAAAUAGGAGCUGGAAGUAGGUCUAUUUUCAGACACACGACAACUACAACAGAAGCAUAUGAGGAUGAUGAUGAAGAAUACGAUGAUGACGAAGAAGAAGAGGAUAAAAAAGAGUCAGAAGAAGAUCCUCGAGUCAUUAAAGAGUUAAUUGAACUUAUAAAAAAAGCAGGUGGUCUCGAAGAAUUAGAAAAGCAAUUUAAAGUAAAAGGAGAGUCGCCCAGUAAUAGCAAUGUAGAAGUUACUACUAAAUCAUCAAUUUCAAAAAGCUUAAAUACCAUCUUUAGAAAUAGCAGAGGACCACAAAGUGAGAAAACAGAAGACGAACUCAAAGAAGAAACUAAACCAAAAAUAGAAAGAGGCAAAUUGCAAUAUACAUCAAUUUCAAGAUUUAGACCUUCAGUUGCACGUGAGAAAAAAGCUGAAUCUGUCGAGGACGAUGAAGAUAUCGAACAUAAUAACGAAGAUCAAACCAGCAAAAGGUCGUCUGACAAAUUCCCAGCUUACACGAAUAUAAGACGUGCUAGAAUCAGUACAACAAGUGAACCGUCAAAUGAUAGAAAUAAAAUUUUGGGAGAACUGCCAGAAGACAGCGAUGAUGAGGAAAGUGAAGAAGAUGAUGACGACGAAGAUGACGACGAUAUAAAAAGUGAAUAUACACCAACCACCAAAAAGGCGAAUAUUCCUCAUUACGUUAACAUUAGACGGCAAAGACCUUCGACCACCGAAGAAUCUUCCACAUCUCAAUACAAUGAAAUCAAAAGAGGAAGCACUGCAGAGGCUACGUCUAAAGAAGAAAACAGUCCUACAACUUCAAAGUACAAACAAAUUCGACGGGGCACCACAACAGCUACUACUACGACAACUAAUACACCGUCUACAUCUGAAACACAACAGUUAAGCAUUGCUGAGGAAAAUAGUACGGAAACAUCAACUACCUCAUCAAUAUCUGAUUCAGGAUUAGGAUCCAGUGUUGAAGCGGUUACAGAAAACAGAACAACAGAAGAUAUUAGAAAUGACUAUGUAUCUAGUGUAAUAACAACAACCGGAACAUAUGUAACUUCAACAGAUGACAUUAAUGCCAUUAAAUCUGAAAAUAACGUUUCGAAAUCUCCCAACAAGUCAACUUUACUAACUAAACCACACUUUUUAAAUUCUAUCCAAAGAAAAAGACCGCAACUUUUCGAGCCGAGACCAUUUACAAAGCCCACAGAGUCGACCACGUCAAGAUCGUCGACGAGUCAAGCCACAAAGGUGAGUGAUGAUUCAACAGAAUCAGAAAAUUAUAAAAUUACAAAAGAAAAACCAACUAUAAACUUUAGAUCCAGAGAAUCUUCUAGGUUUAACCCACAGAAAAAAAUUCAAACAGCUAAUAUUGAAGAUGAUAUUGAUACGGACAUUGUACCGUCAAAGAGACGUUUGGUGACAACUGAAAAACAUAUAGAAGAAAUUAGACCGUACAGACCAUCAGAACUAGCAGAUUUAUCAUCACUAACAGCUGUUGAUUUCGAUAAUAUAAAAGAGUUAAAUACAAGAGCAAAUUCAAGAAGAAGAAGACCCUUGAGACCCUCUUCCACAACUACUGUAAUACCAGAAGACUUGCAAAAGGCACAAUAUACUGUAAAAAGGAGAAGAAUCAAUUUAAAUUACAAAGAGUCUGAAAGAUUACCAAAUGUAUCUAAGAUUUCACAAACUACUGAAUCAAACACCGUGUCUGACUCAUUCCAAUCAACUUCUCGUAAUAGAAAAGUCAUACGAAGAUUUAGGACUAGCACUCAUCCAUCUACAUCGAACUCCGAAGUUACAGAAACAACACCUCUUCCUAGAUCUCAAUCAACGGAAACUACUACAAAAUCUAUUUUGGAUAUCGCACCAAACCAUAACGAGGUUAACGACGAUUCUUUUGAUGAUUCAAAUACAGAAGAGGAAGAAAAUAUAAAACUAUCUGAAUCAAAUAUACGCGAAAAUAGCGAAAUUAAUAGUUUUGAAGUAGAUCCGAAGCUAAGGAGCAAAUUUAUUAAACCUUUCGAUUAUUUCGGAAAAUCAAGUGUUCAUGAAAAGAGUUCAGGAAUUGAAAAAUCGACAUUUACAUUAGAAGAAAAAAGCAGCACGGUUGAUGUUACUUUAGGUUCCAGUAUUUCCACUGAGCCCACCAUUUUUAACCGUACUAGAAAGAUAGUUAGAAAAAUUAUACCCACAGAUUUACCAAAAAUUAUUGAUAAACCAGUAGAAUCUGAACAAGUUUUUGGUCGUAAAAGAAAGAUUAUUCGAAAAUUUAAACCACAUAACAAUUCUGUUGGACAAAAUUUCACCGACAUAUCUAACAUUUUUAAUUUGAAUACAACGGAAGAAUCUCUCUCUACAAACGAUACCAGUGAACAAAAUCCUGAUAAUAUUUAUAAAAUUCAAGACGUUUCCAGUGAAGCACCCAAAUAUCCUAAGAGAAUAUUUCGCCCACGAACAAAAUUCACUCCAAGUACUGAAAGUAGUAUAGACCAAGAGAUCACUACAUCCAAACAAUAUCAAAGAAAUAAAACAAUUUUACUUAGAGGUCCAAGCAGGAAUUAUAGACCAAGAUUUAGUACAAAAUCCAGUGAAUUUGAUGCAUCAACUGAAUCAGCAGUAUCGAAAAAGUACAGUUUUAUUCCCAGACGCACUACAAAGACAAUCACAAGUACGACUACUACUGAGCCAACUACAUACCAGUCAGAAAAGACUUCAGUACCAGAUCUUCAAGAUUUAUAUGUGACUACAACUGAAGACUAUAUUGAUUCAACUACUGAAGACGAUAAUACAUCAGAAAUUCCAGACGAAAAUGAAAUUGACUAUUUGACAACAAUAAACUCUGACACGGAAUUGGAGACGACAGUAAGUACCGAAGAAAACAUUACUGAUCAGACAAAAAAUAUUGAGGAUAAUGAUAUUAAUUUUGAAACCACUAAUAACUAUAUUGAAUCAACGUCAAUAUCAACUACUACUACAAAUACACCAGAAGAGACUACCACAGCACAAACAGAUAUAUCAGAUGAACCAGAUUUAACAACAUUAUAUAUGGAACAAACCACCGAAAUACAAAUAGAUACAACCACAGUACCAGAAAAAAGUACUUCAGAGCCAUCUACCUCUGUAGCUACUGAACAAUCUAGUACGUCUCUUCGGCCAAACAUUUUAAAACCAAUAGAAUCAAGACCUAAGUUUAUUCCUUCCAGGCUUAAGAGUCUUACUAAUAGUCAGUCUACAGAAUCAAGCUCUGUAAAGCCCAAACCAUCAUAUAGAAACCGAUUGUUUGCAUCUACCACCAGCAGCUCAGUCUUAAAAGAGGCCAGUACCAGAUUUACUCCAAAGGAAAACAAGAGAUAUAAUAAAUACCGAACUGGUUUUAGAAAAGAAAAUAAGGAUGAGGAAUCAGUAGUAGAAACUAGUUCGGCUUCUGUAAUCGAAAAAUCUUAUAAAUACAGAAAAUUUAAAGAACAGGAACCGGAUUUAUCAGCAAACGAAAAUGAAAAAGAAGAUGACGAUGACGAACUUGAUGAUACCACACAGACCGUUGAAAGUAGUUCGGCAUCUUACAGUAAUCGAUUUUUAAGCAAUUUUAAAAAAUCAAAACAAAAUUCUGACUCAGUAUUGGAUAGCAGAAAUAACAGCAACGAGUAUGAUGAUAAUAGCGAUGAUAUAAAACCAAUAUCUGUAUUACCACUUAAUAAAUCUCUAUAUAAAUAUAGAAGACCACAAACUAUUCAAAAAUAUUCAGAUAGUGACAAUGAAAAAAUUGAAAGUAUUCCUGAAGAUGGAAAUACUAAUGCCGAAACUCAAAAAGUACUACCCCAAAUUAAUACCACUAUAUCAAGAUUUUCUAAUAAAACUACUCAUUUAAAACCUCAAAACAAAAUUGUCAGCUUUUCAAAAUCUACGACUGAAGCAACGAGGACCGAUGAUCAAUUGAAAGAUAUAGAUACUGAAGCUAUUAAGAAUAGAAAUAAAAAUCUAUUUAACAACAGAAAAUCCACUAUUGGUAUUUUGAGCUCAUCUUCUCCGUUAACCACUUUAGGAGAAGAAUUAGUCACUUCUCCUACAAUCUUAACAACCGAUGAUUCAACAACAUACUCUGAAGACGAAUCUACAGUUUCAUCGACACCUCUAUCUACAACUGAGUCUAUUGAAUCUAGUACUUUAGUGCAUAUUUUUGCAGAGAAAGGUGGAACGUCUGAUCUGCCAACUAAAGUAGAUAAUAUAGAAAACCAUUCGCCAGAAAAUAGAGUCGAACGCCUUAUUGAAGUGAACAGAAUUGUAAAUGUCCAGACUAAAGAAGACAUUGUGAAACACCAUCAUGUGGAACACAUAACUGAUCAGGAAUCGCCAAUAUUAGAUAAGAUAGGAGCUAUUAAUAGAGUCACUGUUAUAAAAGUGGUAGAUAAAGACGGGCAGAUAGUUAAUAGUAACGACACCAAUAAUAAUAAUAAUAAUGUAUCUCCAAUUUAUGUUGCUGAUUCUCAUUCAAAUGAGUCUCCUAUAAAAUCGUCUGUUGAUAUGAUUAUUCAAAUUGCAAAAAUUGAGGAAAUACCGGCUGAGACCAUGUUAGGAAAGAUUAACUUAACCAAUAUAUCAUUAGGAAUCAAUCAUUCUGAACAUACCGAUAGGGAGGAAAGAAAACUUAGCGAUAUCGGAAGUAAAUUGGUAACCAGCAAAGUGGAAAAUAUCGGAAAAGCUGAAAUAUUCGGCGGAUUGUCUCAUAUUAACGUCAUAACUCCCAGACCGAUUCAUCUUACCGAAUCGUCGACAAUAGCUUUAGAAGGAUUGUUCCAAACAGAAAAACCCAGUUUAUUUACCAGUAAAAACUCCAUAAGCGACGAGCUGUUGGAAACCGAAAACUCGAAGUAUGUAAAUGUAAGAAUACUCCAUCCAGAUGAGGGUUACAGGAUAAAUAAAGAAAUUAAGCAGGACACGAAGGUUAUUCCUAUAAAACUACUGAAACAAGAUGAUAAUGAUUUCAUAAUGCGUGCCAAAGUAGUCGAGGUUUCAACUCAGUCAACUUUGAAUACCAUCAAAAUUGCCCCUAUUAAAAUUCCGUUUAGAAACUUUUUAAGAGGAACUAACAGAAGAAGUCCUUUCACGACUAGAUCGCCGACUACGAAAACACCAAUAACUAAUUCCACCGCAGCAAUUUCUUCGCCUCCUUCGACGAGAUUCUCGAGACCGACUGGACCAACACGCAGAAAAUUCCUAACGAGAACAACAACGGCUGCGAUAUUAGAAAGUCAAGAAUCGACUUCGUCGACAUCAUCAACAACAAAAAGACCCCGUCCAAAUAUUUUUGAUGGUACUUCUCGAACCCCUUUUCUACGCAGAACUACCAAAACUACAACUACAACCGAAAAUCCAACCUUGGGAAUACUUACACGUCAAACAACAUUGUUUGAAAAUGACUCUGUCGGAAAACCGAUCGAAUUAAGGGACGUAGUUGUAGCGAUCCAAAACCUACAAAAUGCGCCAGUUCCUUCCCGUACAAUUAAACCACUAAUGGAACAGAAUUUAAUUGAUACUAGCGAAUAUGAAGAUCUUAUCACAACAGAAAUUUUUAUCACUACUGCUUCGCCGAAAAGGAAAAUUAGUUCAAAUAAAUCAACGAUACGGAAUACACCUACAACAGUGGCUUCAAAGCCGACAGUAUACUCUUUUAAAAAAGGUUCAAGGUUUCCCCCCGAACAAGUAAAACAUACUAUCGCUUAUACAAAACCAUUCUCUGCAGAACUUUAUCCUACUGAUCGCAUCAAUAGAAUCCACUCCUCUUUGGUCCAAGUUCCACAAUACACUGAUCUCAAUAGAUUUAACAAAUAUGAAGCGUAUAUGGAUAAUACUGAUAUAACUGAUCAACUUCCUGAACACAGUAAAGUCCUGCUGCACAGUAAUGGCGUUAUAGAAUGUCUAGAUCAAGGAAACUUUCCUCAUCCUGCUUCAUGCAAGAAAUUUAUUUCGUGUGCAAAAAUGGAAAGAGGAAAAAUAAUAGGAUGGGAAUAUACAUGUCCGAAAAAUUUAAGUUUUGAUCCUAUUGGAGGGAUAUGCAAUUGGGCAGCUGAUUUAUCAUGUGAUGACAAAUAAUGUACAUAAUUAUUUAGAUGUAGAUUUUAUUUUAUAAAUAAAAAUAAUAUAAGACU